AUGCUCACACAACUUUUCUUUUCUUCAAUCAUUCAUGAACCUAUCUAUAAAUUAUCAAUUGUUCUUCCAACUGAACAGGAAUUUAUUCAUCAAAUAAAUAAUACAGAUAUAUCUGCAUCUUAUUCAUGGUCUGAUACUGUUCAUGAAUGUUUUAUUCAACAAGUUCAAUUAUAUCCACAAAAAUUAGCACUUGAACUCGAUGGACAAUCACUUACUUAUAGUGAAUUAUUAUAUUUUGUAUAUUGUUUAACAAAUUAUUUAACUGAUAAAAUUCAACCAAAUGAAAUUAUAUGUCAAUGUGUCGAACGAUCUUUUGAAAUGAUUAUUGGGAUGUUAGCAAUCUUAUCAAGUGGUGCAGUCUAUUGUCCAUUAUCACCUCUGGAUCCACCAGAAUGA